ACACAGGGAUGCAAGAGACCCACGGGAAGUGAGAUUGGAGGCACUCCACCCAACAUAAGCGCGUGUUCCUCGAUUCAGCCAAGUCCACAAUCUUCGUCAUUCCCGAGUCCAGUGCCUUCCUACCACGCUAGUCCAACCUCUUCCUCCUUCCCUAGCCUCACUCGCAUUGACGCAAACCCCUCUUCCUUUCUCAUCCCAUUCAUCCGCAACAUAACUUCAAUCCCCGCCAACCUUCCCCCUCUCAGGAUAUCCAACAUCGCCCCUGUCACCCCACCUCUUUCCUUUCCCCGAACCUCCAAGCUUAAGGCUGACUUCGAUUCCCUCUCCAACGCUUCCUUCCGCCACCCUCUUUUCGCCACCUCCGCCCCCUCCAGUCCCUCGCGCCGCCACCACGUCGCGACUUCCACCAUCCCCGAGUGCGACGAGUCCGACGCUUCCACCGUCGACUCUGCCUCCGGCCGUUGGGUUAGUUUUCACGGUCAGACCCCCGCCGGUCCCCCUUCCCCUACUUUCAACCUCAUGAAACCCGCUAUGCACCAGAUCGCUCCUCAGGAGGGCGUACACUGGGGUUCCGUUGCGGAGAUAGGCAGAGGAGUCUCCGAUUUUGAAUUCGAGAAUGGCAGAGUAAAGCCUUGGGAGGGUGAGAGAAUACACGAGGUGGGAAUGGAUGAUUUGGACCUUACUCUCGGAUUCGGAAAAGCUUGAUUUGUUCUCUACAACUACCUUAAAGAAUCUCAGAUGCAAUUGCAAUCCUCUCCAUUUGCUUUCUUCCGGCAAUUAAUUGGUUGUUAUUCAUAUAUUUAUCUAUUUUCUCUCUAAUUAUGUGUACAGUCUCUUAUAUACCAGUGGUUAGGUGUUCUAUUACAUCAUGGAAUUUGACUCAUUAAAAUGCCUUUUUAAUUGUUCAAAGGUUGCAUUAGAAGCAAUCUUCUCCAAGUGUUUUCUUCAGACUUUUAAUCUUCACUUUCUAAGACUCGGAAAAACUCGGUGAUAUUCUUAAUUUUAUCCUCUUAUUCAUUAUUCAUGUUCCUUUCU